AUGUAUAAAUUUCUGGUGGCUUGUUAUGUGCUGAUGACGGUUUUUUUUGUGCCUAAUGAAUCGAAAAAUAUCGAAGGAAAAUUAAACGUGUCUCCCGAGCUGAGCGAGAACAGAUACAUCUCCUUGGACAAAAACAACAUAAACGACUUCAUCAAGGUGAAGGAAAACAAUUUUCUGUUCAAUGUUACUUGCAAGACGUCUAGCUUUUUUAGCGGCGUGAAGAAUUACGUUCUACGUAAGGUGUCUUCCUCUCUGGACCUGCUGGAAUCGCUCCGGUCGGAUCAGGUGAACCCCGAAAAUGUAAAGGCCCUGGAAGGCGUCGUGGAAAGGACGUGGGACCGAGAAAACAAAGAGUUCCUAGAAACGACAAAGAAGUUAAUCGAGCAGUACACAAACAACGACUUGUUCAUAUUGCAAAUAGGACUGAACAGUAUCGCAUCAGCAAUCAUCGACAAACCACAGGAUGUAAUUUUUUUAGAGGAAGAUGUAGAAGUGUGUAAAAAUUAUUUUAUCCACAAGAAUAAUAGGUGUCUUUUACUGCUGAAUGGAGUGGAGUUUUACUGCAACAAAGAUAAUGAGGGUAAUGAGGAGAAGUACAUACACGAUACCCUCGAUUUAAUCACAAAAAUUUACCAAAGCAGAAACAACCAAGUGAUAGAUGUGCUCAUUGUAAGUCACAAGUAUCCAGUGGCCCUCCUAUACUAUGUGUACCCCUACAUGGACGCUUCCACGUUGGUCAUCCUAAUGGAUAACCUAAAUCACCAGAUGAAGGAGGCCAUUUUUGAAUACUACAAUUUUAUAGGCGAAGCAGAUUUCUCCAAAAGUUUCGAGAAACACUUUUUUCACUCCUACGGGGAAAACGAGCAUAAUGAUAAUGGCCUCACUGAAAGUUCUACUUCCAAAUAUGAAUAUAAUCAAAAUGCUUACAUCUAUAGUAAAAUGAAACAGUCUCCAUUUUACGUAAUCACUUUGAACCCUAAAAUAAUGAUGAACCCACCACAAAAUCGAUACAAAUUUUUUAUAUCCAACGAGUACACCUCCUCCCAUGAGACAGACAUUACAAGAAUGAUAAAGGACAUUGAAAAAAUAUUGAAGCUUAAUGGUACCUUUUACACAAAGAACAAAACAUUAGUUCAAAAUUACUUCGCCGUUAUAAAUGAUUUUGAAUUUGAUAAUGAUGAGCAUGUGAAGAAACACGUGAACGAUAUGUUAACAUCAAUCCUGAAUUCCUUUGCCACCACAGGAGAUAUAAAUAAAUACAAUUAUAACUAUGCCUUGGAGAACUUGGGAAAUAUUUUCCAAUUGAUGCUAUUCAAUGUUUAUAACAGCUCAAAAUUUAAGUUGCUAUUCACUCCCUUAAUAGACUUUUUUAAAUUGUAUUUGAAUAAAAAUGACGCAAAUUAUAUCACGUACGAAUUUCUCCUCUAUGGACUUAUUAAGAAUUCCAGCCAAGUUGCCUCCUACGAAUUGAAGGAACUACUCUUCCUUGAUGUUCUGAGAGAUGUUUCCAAAACGGUGAAUAAGCUUUCUAUUGGUCAGGUCAUUCAAGUGGUUACCAAGCUGAACAUUUUACUUAAGAAACUCAGGUCCAGGGAGGACAUCACGCAUGUUAAGGAGUACGUCAAGCGGGACUUCAAUCUGGACUACAUUAACAACGAGUUGUAG